AUGUUUGGGACGAGUCAUAAGGACUGCCACAUCAGGAAGGAAGCCCAGUCCAAAAAGGGCAUUUUAUCUUUUACUUACCCAAUGGAAAAUGGGGUAGUUACAUCCUGGGGCAACGUGGAGAAGAUCUGGAGAUACCUUUAUGAACAAGAACUCAAAAUGAAACCGAGGGAGAGGCCAGCACUGCUGACCAAAACCCUUCUCAAUCCUUUGUCCUAUCGAGAAAAACUGGCUGAGAUGAUGCUCAAAAACUUCCAGGUGCCGGCCCUGUGUGCCUGUGCCCACACAACUGGACCAGUGCUGGACAGUGGCCAUGGUGUCACCACCAUGAUCCCUGUCUACAAAGGCCACUGUGGCAUUGCCAGGCUGAAUUUUGCAGGCAGAGGUGGAACCAAACACCUUGCUAGGCUCCUCUGGAAAACCAGGCGCUCCUUUGUAAGCACAGCAGAAAGGGAACUUAUCAGGGAUAUGAAGGAGAAGCUGUGCUGUGUUGCCUUAGAUCCUAGCCAAAAUAUGCAGGAAAAGCCUGAAGAACUUACAUGUGAGCCCAUUCUCCCUGAUGGAAGGGCUGCUGAGGCAGGAGCCCAGCUAUUCUGA